AGGUUUUACUUCCGGGAAGAUGGCGGCCUCCAUGCAGAGCUGGGCAUGUGGCUGCGGGGAAGGGAGACCGGUGUAACAAGUGAUGCACAGGGAGGCCUGGAAGCUGCAGGGUUCAAGUAGCAUCAAGCUUUAGAAUAGCAACCUGAGUCCAUCAUGAAUGGCUCUCCCAAGAACAAGACCGGGGGGAUGACGUUUGCAGAGCAGCAGUUACAGAGGCACGGCUGGAAACAAGGCAAAGGGCUGGGGAAACGAGAGAACGGCAUCUCUGAAGCCAUCAAAGUGAAAGUGAAAUGCGACACAGCUGGGGUGGGUCACGACCCAGCAGAGCAGUUCACUUUCCAUUGGUGGGAUCACCUCUUCAACAAGUCGGCUGCAAACAUCUCGGUGGAGGCUGGGCAGGAUGGCGUCCAAAUGAAAAAGCUCUCUGAGCAGGACGGGGAAAUCAGCAACAAGAAGCCCCGCAAAGCACCCAGUGCCAGGAGCAUGCUGUAUGGCCGCUUUGUGAAGGCGGCCACGCUGACGGCAGGAGGGGAGGAGCCAACGAAGCAGGUUUCCACCUCGGAGAGCAGCGAGGACGAGGAGGAGAAAUUGGACCUGUCCAGUAUUAGGAAGCUGACGGAUGAGGAGCUGGUCCGAGCCUGCGGCGGCCGCACUGCGCACAAGGGAGCCCGUCACGGUCUGACCAUGAGUGCCAAGCUGGCCCGGCUCGAGGAGCAAGAGCGAGCCUUCCUGGCUAAGUACAGCCAGAAGGAGGAGCAGAGAGGCGGCGCCCCAGAGCGUCAGCAGGAGGCAGUGGCGGGUGCCUCGGCCCUGGAAAACAGCAACCCGGCUGAGAGGCGGCAGAAAGCCAAGAAGAAAAAGCGGAAGAGAUCCAAAGAGAGGGGGGGUUGUGCCGAGGAGGAGGAGAGGCGGGCCAGGAAGAGGAGGAAGAAGAAAGAGAAGGGGGAAGUGGUGGAGGGUUUGGAGAGCGAGUUGCCGGACUCAAGGGAGCAGCCUGAGGGGAGGACGGACCAGGACAGCCCCAGGGAAAGGGCCAAAAAGAAGAAAAAGAGGAAGGGGCAGUGAACGGGGGCUCAUCCUGUUUGAGGGGGGUGCCACCCUCCGGCUUGCUAUGAACCCGCCGCACAUUCAUCUCCUGCUGCGGGGCCUCUUCCCAGUCACUCAGCAACCGCUCUUUAG